AUGGCCCUCGAAUGCAAAAAGACACGAGACCAAGUACACACAUUCGGUAAAACUUCCAUCAGAUCACUAUCCAGCGGCUUCAGCUUCAAACCCUACGCAACGGCAGCAAAACCCGAAGAUGAAGUGCAAAUUCCAUCACCCGCGAUAUUCGACUUUGCACAAAACCUGACAGACGAGCCAGUCAAUCCGCGCCGUCUCCCCGUCGCCGCCGCUUGUGCGACUCAUUUAGAGCUGCUCGAGGUAUUCUAUGUCAUCCGGCAAAAGAUACUCAUGUCCAAGGAGAUAGAUGCGUCGUUUGUGAUUCAGCCUAAUCGCACGGAGAAGACUGGCUACAAUGGGGAUCACAAGACGCUCAGGGACGACACGCUCUGGACAAGAAGACAGGUCAAGUGGCCCAAGUAUCUGGAAUUUGCGGCCGUUCGCUUCCUCCACUGGCUGCGGAUCCUAGAAGAAAAUAAGGAUUAUAUGACGGUCGUUGUGAACGGUCUACGUAUGUUGCAGUACCUGCCGCCGCUGGAUAUCCUCAUGAUUUGGCACUCAUUCAUGCUAAACCCACGACUGUACAUGGACCACUGCCAAAAUCACAUCCUGUAUCAAAUACGCAUGCCUUGGAAGCUGGUUCACCAAGCAAUCGAUAACAGAAACUGGACACUCACCAUCGACAAACAUGCCAGCAAUGCGUACGAGCGACUCACCAACAUGCCCGCCAAUCUAUUUGAACAAUUCGAAACAUGGCACUCUCAAAUCAUACCCGCUAAUGAAGACGCCAUAAGAACAUUAUCAAAGUUUCAUCUCGAGGGGGAAAACCAGUCCACCAUAGAUGCCCGUCUCAACGCCGCCAUCUUCUCCAAAUCAAGCAGCACCCGCCUCGACGGCAAGUACUUCAACCUCUUCAACACGACAGACACGAAACUAGCAGUGCAGCUUCGAGACGCUGUGAUCCGCCAGGCCGAAUUCGUCGACAAGAUGAGUGCGAGGAUGUGGAUUCGCAGCCCGGCACUCGAGGGUACACUGCGGCGCGGCAUACAGCGGUACCUCAACUUCUUGACGCUGCUAAAGUUAUAUCCCAAGGGUACGAUAGUGCCCACCUUGGAUAUUGACCUUGUUUGGCACACGCACCAGUGUACGGGGGGUGCGUAUGCCAAGGGGAUGAAGGCCAUAACUGGGCGGUUCGUGAACCAUGAUGAUACCAUUGUGAAGGAGAAGCUGGAUGAUGGGUUUGACAAGUCUAGGGGGCUGUAUAAGAUUCAUUUUGCGCAGGAGUACCGCACGUGUGGGUGUUGGGAUUGCGAGGCUCUGGUCUCGGAAUUGGAGGGUGUGCAGGACAGGGAGGCGAGUGACGUUGAUAUGGGGGCUAUUGCGGCGAGGGUUAUGGAGGAGGUGAGGUUUCAUCGGGCGUAUGAGGUGGCUAUCAGGUUGAAGAAGCCGUUGCCUAUUAGGAGCUGA